AUGUCACAAAGACAUUCCUAGAUGAUCAAAUACUUAUCUAAUAACCAGCAGUGCUAGAACUUAAACAAGGAGAAUGAACAACCCUCCAUGAUGCACAACAUGAUGAUGAACCAGGAGAAUAUUCCCAUGUAUCAAAGCAAUCUCAAUACUUAAUAGAAUUACAUCGACACAGCCCAGCAUUUCUAGACUUUUCAAGGUGGGUCAAUGGUAGGUAAGCAAAUGACCUCCGGCUAGAUCCACGCUCCUAGAAACAGCUUCACCAAGCGUUCAUUUGGCAGAGACCUUUCUAACUUGCCACAAAAUGUGUUGAUCGACGGACAAAAGCAAUAAGCAUUUUAGAAUAUUUAGGGAAAACAUCUGAAUUUAAAAACCAGAUCUUACCUUGGCUAAAACCCCAUGAGUGCCUAGGGAAUGAUUCCCACCUCUAAUAGUCUAAAUCAGCCGCAAAUCAUGAGCCAGGCCAAUACCACAACUAACUCACUUGCCAAAAUGAAAACUGUAAGCGAACUCAAGUAAACCAUUCCAGUCAGCAAUAACAGCAACAGUUCUCAGCCAUAAGAUAUCAAAAACGUGCAAAGCAUGAUAAGUAACCUGCACAUCAAUACCUCGCAGAGAAGCUCCAACAGAUUUUUAGAGCGAAAAACUAUAACUUGUUUGAGUUAAGACAGAACCUAAACUAAUGGAUCUACUAGAGCAAAUAUGUCAUUUGGUAGUCAGAAUGCUUAAUCAGUAGUUCCUUAGACCUAUACCACCCAAUUAGCUCAGUAAUUUUCAAUUAGCCAGACUAGAGCCCAAUCCUCCAUAAACACAUAUAAUGGCAUAAAUUAAUCUUAGGCUCAGAAGAAUUUCGCAACCAUUGACUCUAAGGGUCGCCGACUGAAGAAAUUCCAGAAGCAGCAAGAGAUUUUUUACGAGACCUAACUAGACCCAGUAGAUAUUCCCGAUGCCAAAGAUCCACAAAAGUGCGCUGAGUAUGCCUGCGACAUAUUCGACUUUUUAAUAUAAACUGAGACCGAGAACAUCGCAAAUCCUGGUUAUAUGGAGAAACAAGAAGACAUAAAUGAGAAAAUGAGAGCUAUUCUCAUCGAUUGGCUAGUCGAGGUACAUCUUAAAUUUAAGCUGGUACCAGAAAGUCUCUACCUGACGGUCAAUUUGAUUGACAGAUAUCUCGAAAGAUAGCAAGUAAACAGACAGAGACUUUAAUUAGUCGGAGUUACAGCCAUGCUAAUAGCCUGCAAAUACGAAGAGAUAUAUCCACCCAUUGUUAAGGAUUUCGUCUACAUUACUGAUAACGCAUACACUAAAGAAGAAAUACUAUCAAUGGAAAGAGAAAUGCUUCAAGCCCUAGAUUUCAACAUUCAGAUUACCUCAUCAUAUAGAUUCCUGGAAAGAUUUUCCAAGGUUGCCAAAACUGACCCAUUAAUUUUCAAUCUCUCCCGAUACUUGCUAGAGUUAGCACUUGUAAAUUACAAGUUACUUAAAUACUCUCCCUCAAACCUAGCAUCGAGUGCACUAUUCUUGUCCUUAAAAAUGACUAAGCAUCCUCAGCCAUGGACAGAAGCUAUGGUAAAACACACACACUACAAGGAACAAACAAUCAGGCAAGCUGCAAAAGAACUCUUCUAAAUACUAUAAGAAGCAUAGUCAAACUAACUGUAAGCUGUGAAGAAGAAGUUCGCUUUGCCUAAGUUCAAUGAGGUAUCUAAGAUCAGACUUGAGCCUAGCGGUAGUAGCAGUAGCAACCAUAACAACAUCCCUUCAUCAUCUCAAUAACAAUCCCAACACAAUAAUCAGCCAGUAUCGCACCAGCAUUAGCCUCAGCUACAUGCACACAUGAUGCAGCUGUAGCAACAGUAACAAUUGUAACAUAAUCACUAGAAGAACUCUAAGUCUCAAGGCGUCCAUGGAGGCGGAGUCGUUAAUACAGUGCAGGGUAAUAUAUCACAGUAUGUGGACAACAGCACCAAUAAUAUUAGCAGCAGCUGCCAUCAAGCCACUUCCAGCAGUAAACAAAUAGAGAUGGAGGACGAUUGCAAUGCCAAUGCAGUAGAUUGA